AAAACUAUUUUGUAAGGGAAAAGUUUCCAUCAAAACAUGAAAAAAUGUUUAUCUACAUCAUUUUGGCCAUUUUGUGUUGGCUAAUCCUAAGUAUUUUGUUGCCUAUUGUUAAUAAAUUGAUUAAGACAAUCGCUGUGUUCCUUUUUCGGAAACCUACUGCAAAACUAGGCGUUGUUUGCCACAAUGUGCGGCUUUGGCUAUUUCCUCGACCCCAUCCUAACUAUCAGCCACCCUGGCUAUUUAGGGGAUAAUUUCGAUAUUGACUGGAUGCCAAAGCAAGCGCCAGCCAUUGGGAUCGACCUGGGGACGACCUACUCGUGUGUGGGGGUGUUCCAACACGGCAAGGUGGAGAUCAUCGCCAACGACCAGGGCAACAGGACCACGCCCAGCUACGUGGCCUUCACCGACACGGAGCGUCUGGUGGGGGACGCCGCCAAGAACCAGGUGGCCAUGAACCCCACCAACACCAUCUACGACGCCAAACGUCUCAUCGGCCGCAAGUUCAAGGAUAAAACGGUGCAGGGUGACAUGAAACUUUGGCCUUUCAAGGUCGUGGAGUCUGAAGGUCGGCCGAAGAUUGAAGCGGAAUACAAAGGUGAGAGGAAGCUCUUCGCUCCGGAGGAGAUCAGCUCGAUGGUGCUGACCAAGAUGAGGGAGACGGCCGAGGCGUUCCUGGGGCAGCGAGUGUCGGAUGCCGUCAUCACGGUGCCGGCCUAUUUCAACGACUCACAGAGGCAGGCGACCAAGGACGCUGGCGCCAUUGCCGGUCUGAACGUGCUGAGGAUCAUCAACGAACCAACCGCCGCAGCGCUGGCGUAUGGGCUCGACAAGGGCAUGAAAGGAGAGAGAAAUGUCUUAAUCUUCGACCUGGGUGGCGGCACUUUUGAUGUCAGCAUUUUAACCAUCGACGAGGGCUCGUUGUUUGAGGUGAAAGCGACAUCUGGCGACACCCACCUGGGAGGGGAGGACUUUGACAGCCGUCUGGUCAGCCAUUUUGUGCAGGAGUUUAAGAGGAAGCACAACAAGGACAUGAGCGGCAGCGCCAGAGCUAUCCGCCGUCUGCGGACAUCCUGCGAGCGCGCCAAAAGAACUCUGUCCAGCAGCACUGAAGCCUCCAUCGAAGUCGAUUCUCUCUUUGAAGGAAUCGACUUCUACACAAAAAUAUCGCGAGCCAGAUUCGAAGAGCUGUGUAUCGAUCUAUUCCGAUCAACGAUCCAGCCGGUGGAGACGGCCCUAAAAGACGCCAAGCUGGACAAAAGCAAGAUCCACGAGGUGGUGCUGGUGGGAGGCUCCACCAGGAUCCCCAAGGUGCAGAAACUUCUCUCGGAUUUCUUCAACGACAAGGAGCUCAACAAGUCCAUCAACCCGGACGAGGCCGUGGCCUACGGGGCGGCCGUGCAGGCUACAAUAAAAAAAGUUCAUGCACAUUAAUGACCAUCAAAUCUAGAAUGAGCACGUAGAAUAUUUGGCUCAACUUGAUUCAUCUACUG